AUGGCAACUCAAGAACGCAAGCUUCCCUUGGGCAAGAUCGAGCCCAACUCGCUCAAGUACUUCCUCAGCUGUGGUGCUGGAGGUAUCAUUGCCUGUGGACCUACUCACACAGCUGUCACACCCCUCGACCUUGUAAAAUGCCGACGCCAAGUCGACCCUAAGAUCUAUACCUCAAACGUCCAAGCAUGGCGCACCAUCUUCUCCAAAGAAGGCCUGCGCGGGGUCUUCUUCGGUUGGUCCCCCACCUUCGUGGGAUACUCUUUCCAGGGUGCCGGUAAAUACGGUCUUUACGAAUACUUCAAGCACCUGUACGGCAACCAGCUGUUCCCCGAGACCAACCGUACCCUCGUCUUCCUAGGCGCCAGUGCCUCGGCCGAGUUCUUUGCCGAUAUGGCCCUGUGUCCCAUGGAAGCGAUCAAGGUUCGCAUGCAGACCACGCUCCCACCAUAUGCUUCCGGAUUGCGGGAUGGCUGGGGCAAGAUUGUCGCAAAGGAGGGCUUUAGCGGGCUAUACAAGGGUCUGUACCCACUUUGGGCGAGACAGAUCCCCUACACGAUGACCAAGUUCGCGACCUUUGAGGAGACAGUCAAGAUCAUCUAUAGCAAGAUGGGUAAGCCGAAAGAGGAGUAUGGCCAAUUGACGCAGACUGGUGUCAGUUUCCUUGGUGGUUACAUUGCUGGUAUCUUCUGCGCUGUGGUCAGCCAUCCAGCAGAUGUUAUGGUCAGCAAACUGAAUGCUGAUCGCAAAGCUGGUGAGGGUGCAAUGACCGCUGUGUCUCGCAUUUACGGUAACAUCGGGUUCUCUGGUCUUUGGAACGGAUUGCCUGUUCGUAUUGUGAUGCUUGGAACCUUGACUGGUUUCCAAUGGCUCAUCUACGACUCCUUCAAGGUUUUCCUCGGACUACCCACCACUGGGGGUCACUAA